AUGAAUGGCGAGGAACUACUUAUUUGUAUCAAGCAAUGCAUUAUGGAACACUUUCAGCCUAUGAUAUACGUUGAGAAUAGAAAUGUGAUUCAAACGACAAGGGGAACAUUUUCAGUUCCUGAUAAUUAUAGGAAUCAUAAAUUCUUAGCAUUUACUUUUAUUGGGCACAUACUGUAUACAGACGACACACCAGUGAUUGAAAAAGAAUUGGAUUGGCCUGAUCCUGCGCUAGUGUUUAAUACAGUCGUGGAUCGAAUAAUAAAUCACCCAGAAUUGGCACAGUUCAUAUCGGUUUCAUUUAUCAGCACUUUAAAGGCUACUAUUGGACAGGGCUUAGAUAUGAAUGUAAAAGGUACGCUAAACCACAAGGAAAAGGGUAUCAGAAGGCCGAAAACUGUAUCUUUUAGGUAUAUGGAAUCCCCGCUUGUUAACAAAAAGGUUACUACAUUCUUCUCUUAUCUUCGGGAUUACAAUAAAAUUGUCUCAGAAUAUGGCAAUAAUACUAAAUUCACCUUAAAAUUUUCAUGUCAGGCAUACUGGGCGUCGGGCCCAAAUUUUGCAGCCUUGAAGAAUGUCAUUAGAUGCUUCAUAGUCCAUGAAUACAUUUCUGAAUAUGUGGAGAGAGAACGGACCAAAUAUCAUAUAAAGAAACAGGGGUCCUGGGCAGAAGAAGACCAUCCUCGUGAUUUAAGCAAAGCACAAUACGAAGGCAAUGGUUUAACCGAAAAAAGUCCGAAUACCGAUGAAGAAUUGGGGACUAAGAUAGAUUCAUUGUGUGAACAAUGGCAGUCAGAAGCGGAAGACCAAGCUGAUGCCGAAAUAUUAGCCAAAAAAAUAGUCGGAAAUAGCCAGAGGAUGGCAAACUUAAAAAUUCGUCGCGCAAAGUUCAAAAAUAUCCUAUAUCAUACACUGAAGGAACUAAUUCAGUCUCAGGGAACCGUAAAGAUUUAUCGUGGUAACACUUUUACGCACGAUUCGGUAAAAAUAAGCCUACAUUAUGAAGAGCCGCAUAUUGCAGCCGUAUGGGCUCACUUAACGGUGAAAUUUGAGACUUGGAGGCCGGUUGAUGUUGAAGUUGAAUUUAGAUGCAAGUUCAAGGAGCGGAAGAUUAAUAAGUAG